UAAAAUUGUAACUGACUGGGGUUCAGUCAAUAUUUAUUAUGGCUGGUAAAAAUAAAGGAAAGUCUAAAGUAUCAAAGACGAGCAAAGUAAAGUUAGCCAACAAAAAACAGAAUAAGUUUGGCAAACAGGGUAAGAUUAAGAAAUUGAAGUCGAAGCAGAAAAAGAAACUAGCUAGGAAGCUCCGAGAUGCACAGGCCGGAGACCACAGUUUUAGAAAAGCUCAGGAAGAGAGCCGUGAGAUAGAGGAACACGAGUCUCCACUGGAGGACCAGGAUGUGAAGUUCUACUCAAAAUCCGGGCUAAACACAAGCUUUGCCAGCAGUCUCAGUAUCAGCAACCAGACAGAUGGUAAACCAAACAAGAAAAAGAGAAAACAGGAAGUGACGGAAGAUGAAGCUUCAUUUGAGAAAAUACCUCGUACCCUUCCAACCAACAGGAAAAUGAAAAUGUUGUUGCCGACCAAAGAACAAAGGCGAAUCAUUCCACAGAUGAUUGAACGAGAAGCUGCAUCGGAAGAAGAAGAAGAAGAAGCCGAGAAUGAUAAACAAGAUGAUAUUAGCAACGUUAAUAAAGAUGGAGCUGUUUCUAAACCUGCGAAGGAAGCACUGCCCGCCAUGUCAAAUGUCGAACUGUUUGCCCUGAGAAGAAGAAAGCUGGCUGAGAGGAAAGAGAAAAUCGCUCUCUGUGUGUUUGCUGUCAUGGAAAAUCCACAAGAAAAUAUGAGCAAACUGCGUGAACUCUACCUGAUGUUACUGGAAGAGGACCCAGGUAUAUCUGUGACGGUGCAGUCGUGGGCGAUGCUGUCUCUCGCCGACGUUUUCAAGGAUAUCAUCCCGGCAUACAAGAUUCGCUUACCAACGGACAAGGAAAAACAGCAAAGGAUGGCGAUGGAGACCAAAUCUCUACACGGCUUCGAGUCGGCUCUCUUACUGAAUUACCGCAAAUACCUUGAAUAUCUUGAGUUAACAGCGAGAGGCGAAGUAAAAGAAUUUGUAAGCAAGAAGACAAAGAAAAAUGGCCAAAUUAAACAAAAUUAUCUACCAAAGCAAUUGUCAGUACUUGCAGUGAAAUGUCUGGGUCAGAUGUUGAUUGGUCUUCCACAUUUCAACUACACGAACAACAUCAUUACAGUUUUGGUGCCGUUUAUGAAUAAGCAACGGGAGGUGUCAGAUCGGGUUUGUGAAGACAUAAGAAGAGUCUUCCAUCAAGACAAGACAGGGGAGGUUACUCUUGAGAUUGUUCGGAGUAUUGGCAGAAUGAUAAAAGCAAGAAACUUCAAAAUACAACCAAAGGUUCUUGAUACAUUCCUUUCUCUGAAAAUAAAAGAAAUUGACUUGUCCAGCGCCGAAGGGAAAAAAGAUGCAGCUAAGAGAAAAGAAAAGUUGUUAAUGAUGUCUAGAAAACAAAGAAAGCAUCAGAAGCAGCUUGAGAAGCUAGAGAUAGAGUUGACAGAGAUCCGAGCGACUGAGGACAAGAAGAAGAAACUCAGGCUGCACACAGAGGUGAUGAACGCUGUUUUUGUAACCUACUUCAGGAUUCUCAAACAAGCCCGGAAGUCAGGACUGUUGCCCUCUGUGUUCGAAGGACUUGCAAAGUUUGCCCAUCUGAUCAACAUAGAUUUCUUUGACGAUCUGUUUACUGUCUUCAAAAAUAUACUUGAAUCUGGGGAGUUACAAUACCGACAAAGUCUGCAGUGUAUCCAGACAGCAUUCACCAUCUUGUCUGGCCAGGGGGCAGCACUAAACAUUGACCCGAUGAACUUCUACAGACAUCUGUAUCAAAAACUUUUGAAAAUACACGCAGGAAGUGACAGCAAAGAUAUUUUAAUAAUUCUGAACUGCCUCGACUUGAUGAUAAGCAAGAGAAAAAGACAGGUUUCCCAACCCAGAAUCCUGGCAUUCCUCAAGAGACUGUGCACCAUUUGUCUGCAGCACCAGCCGCACGCAGUCCUUGGAAUUCUCUCCGCUGUCCGCAGUUUGAUACAUAAUCACACGAGUACGGACCUUCUGUUUGAUAACGAGGCUCAGGGAAGCGGUGUGUAUCUGCCGGAGCUGGACGACCCGGAACACUGCCACGCCCACAACGCAACUCUGUGGGAAAUCACUACUUUGAGAAAUCAUUUCCACCCUGUUGUCCGGAGGUUUGCGACUCACAUAUCCAAGCAGUGUCCUUCAACCGGUGAAGGUCAGCUGAUACCAGACUUGGCAAGAAUGUCAACAAUAGCAUUGUUCCAGAAAUAUGAAAAGGAAAAUGAAGUGUUUGACUGCAGUAUACCAGACAAGACACACAAAUCUCAUAGAAAGAGACUGACAUCUGGGGUAUCAAGUGAAGAAAUGGAGAAAUACUUGAAACAUGUUCUAGAAGUCGUUCCAGAUUCACUGUCUGAUUUCUCUCCUCACAUUUCCUGACUAGGGACAGACUUGCAAUGUGUGAAAUAAAUCGGACUAAUUUUAA